CGGGACGCCGCUUGAUGCCGGCGCGAUGCGUCGGAGGUACUGGAGGCGUUGAACAUGAUAAUCAGGCACGUGCGGACAUGGACCAGAAGUUGCGGCAGAAGCGAGAGGAGAUAGAAUCCAAGGCCGUGCUGGAGCAAGUCAACCAGGAAGCGAAGAUCAUGCAGGACCAUGCAAGGACAGAUCGAAAGAUCCCUCCAACCGAACAAUCGGACUCAAAAUCCCGCCCGGGACUUGUAAUGGAUUUUAGUAUUUACAAGGACAGGGAACUUUCUGAUAUCCCGAAAGGAUACCUUGAAGGAAAACCUGGUUCCAUGAUAAUUAAUGAACCUGGCAAAGUGGAGUGGUAUCUGAUGGUGGAACAUUUAGCUCCUCACGAUUAUAGAGGACUAGCAGAUUUGUACUACAUAGAGCCUGGAUGCGUACCACCAAACGGAAUGGUCUUGAUCGAAGGUCCAGAGCAUGUAGAGCAAAUGAUGCAAGCUCUCAAAGGAAGGAAAAAAUGUGAUCUGUACAUUGUCAGGAAUGGUCCACCCUCAAUUGAUAGUUAUGGUAAUGAUGGCUAUUACGACAUGGCUGAGGAUUCAUGGGGGGAGGCCAGUGAUAGGGGCGAGUCGGACACGGAGGAAGCUGGGUCAUCACCACAGACGGAGCAACCUGAACUGAACACUCAUAAGAGGGCGUUGAACUUUAGCAGCGACGACGAGGACACGAGCACAUAGUCUCUACUCUCGUUUACAAAAACCGUAGUUCGGCCGCUCUCUAUGGUUUCUUGUUUGAUCACUUUACCUUACGCAAUUAUCUCUACUCUUAUUUAUGUGAUUACAGAUGCUAUUUGGGUGUUAUUUGUAUUCUUAUUUUGAACAAAUGUGUGCGCUACUGGUUAAAUUUUACUAAAUUUUAUGAAGCUACUGGUUAAUAUCUA